AGUAGUGCACAUAUUUUACAGCAGGCGUCUUAUCUGCAGCACAGAGCACCUUCUUUUACAACAUAGCUGUGUUUCAUUGAACCCAGAGAGAACUGUGCAUGUAACUGCAUGUUAUGUAGUUCACACUUUAGAGGAGAGACUCAAAGGUGCAUUCAGCAGUCAGAGGUUGACACAUUGUCGGAGUUUUAUUGACUGUCCUGUACCAGUGGAUUUUGUUCAGAGCACUGUGAUCAUGAAGGUGCCUCCCUUAGGUCUGCUCACCUUUACCCUACUCAUGAAUGAACUAACCAGUGCCUCUGUGGGGAAAAUACUAGUAUUCCCAUUGGACGGAAGCCACUGGGUAAACAUGAAAGUACUCAUUGAAGCACUGCAUUCCAAAGGCCAUGCGGUCACCGUGCUCAGGCCGUAUGACAGCUGGUACAUCAGUGAAAAAUCUCCUUUCUACACCUCCAUCACACUUCCAAGCACAGGUGGCUUCAAGGAAAACUUUGAAACAUUGUUGUUGCCACAACUGGAGGUCCGGCUACAGAGUAAGUCUAUGUCUCCUUGGUCUCUCAUCUGGACCCAUAUUAAAUUGCAGCGGAUGAUUAUAAACCAGUUCUCGGAGUUCCACAAGAGAGCGAGUGAUAUGGUCGUUCAGAUGUUUGAGGACGAAAACCUGAUGCGUUCCCUUAACGAUGCUAAAUAUGACCUGGUUUUGACCGACCCUGGCAUCGGCGGAGGGGCCAUGUUGGCACGUCGUCUUCAAGUUCCCCUUGUUUUCAAUGUCAGAUGGACCAUUCAAGGUGAAGCUCAUCUUCUCAUUGCUCCUUCCCCUCUGUCAUACAUUCCUUUCGUCGCCACAGAGCUGACAGACAGGAUGACCUUCCCUCAGCGAAUCAAGAAUGUUUUGAGUUAUCUUGUCGGGAUGUACACCCUAUCCUGCAUCACAGAACCUCAAUACAAACCUGUGGUUAGGAAGUACUUUGGACCCGAUGUGGAUUACUCAACGUUCUUCCUGGAAGCUGAUAUAUGGCUUAUGAGGAAUGAUUUUAUCUUUAAUUUUCCACGUCCUAUGAUGCCUAAUAUCGUCUACAUGGGUGGAUUUCAGUGCAAGCCCCAGAAGCCCCUGCCCGAGGACCUGGAGGAGUUUGUCCAGAGCUCAGGAGAUCACGGGGUCGUUGUGAUGACCUUAGGAACUUUAGUUGGCAAGCUUCCCCAAGAUGUUGCAGAGGAGAUUGCGGCAGCCUUCGCUCAGCUGCCUCAGAAAGUUGUUUGGAGGUAUGUUGGAGAAAGGCCGGUCAACCUGGGUAACAACACAUUACUGGUCAACUGGUUGCCCCAGAAUGACCUCCUAGGACAUCCCAAAACUAGGGCGUUUGUUUGCCACGGCGGCACCAAUGGAGUUCAAGAAGCAAUUUACCAUGGGGUGCCUGUAGUCGGCCUACCCUUAUUUUUCGAUCAGCCAGAUAACCUCUCCAAAAUCAAAGCAAGGGGAGCAGCUGUGAAUGUGGACAUUGCCAUGCUCGAUAGGCACAUCUUUGAAGAUGCAGUAAGGGCAGUUCUCUACAACUCCUCUUACAGGGAAAACAUGCAGAGACUCUCCAGGCUACACAGAGACCAGCCCAUGAAACCACUGGACCGGGCAGUGUUUUGGAUAGAAUUUGUAAUGAGGCACAAAGGAGCCCCUCACCUGCAGACACAAGCGAACAAAAUGUCCUGGUUUGUUUACAACUCUGUUGAUGUCAUCGCUGCUUUGUUGGCAGCUGUUUUGCUCUUAACGUUCACCGGCAUGUCAGCUGUAAGAUUAUUGUGGAGAAAGAUUUUUGUUGGAAAAAAGGUCAAACCUGAAUAAAUGAAUGAAAUGUGUGUUAAAUCCAAGCAUUUCUAGACAUGAUCCCAACAAGUCUCUGUGUGUGAUGUUGCAUUAGGAAAACAAAUUUCUGUUAAAAAAACAUGAAUAGAGAAAAGGGAUUUCAGGAUCUAUCCACUGGUUUAGGGUUGUAUCCAGUAUAAACAUAUGAGCGUGACUGAAGGUUCUCAAGGACAAUAUUAAUAAAGUAAAUUCUGUUUUGUUUAUCAGUUUGUUUGCAACAUCUUAGACACAGGAGCUUACAGGAGGAACAACAGCAUAAAGUAUCCAUCCAUCCAGCAGCUAUAUGUCUCUGGAGUCAAAGUCUGAGAGCAGUGAACCUAAACCAGAUGACGUUAUGAUUAACUUGGUGAUUGACCAACAUCCCUGUGUGUGUGUGUGUGUGUGUGUGUGUGUGCGUGUGUGUUUCCAUAUUGUGUGGUGUUCAAAGGGAUUGUCUCAAACACGCCUCGACUCGCACCCUUAUGUAUUGUGUAAUUUGUGUUAAACCUCAUCCUUGUUUAAAUUCUUUGUUAAUGAGUUCAUCUUUUUGUUAACAAACACUGAGACUGUGAGUUUCCGUGUAACAUAAUUAAAUUGCAAACCUCAACUGAUAGUUUUCAAGAUGUAUUUCUUUUGAUUUUACAUUUUGUUAUAUUGAAAUCAAUCAGUUUCUUUACAGGUCCAGGUUUGAACAGUAGGUGGCAGCAUAAUGUUGGGCCAUGGGAUUGAGGAACCAUGAAGUACCUUUUCCUUGGAUAGAUUAUUUCAAAUGUAAGCAUUAUCUCUUCAAAUGUGUCAUCCUACAGCCUUUUGUUAAAUUAUGAUGUGAUAUCUUACAGAUUAUAAAAAUGUAUUAAUUGCACAUGUAAACUAUUGUCCCUAUUUCCCUGAUCGUGAUCAUACUCAGGACAUGGUGAAACCUGGUUCCUAAUAUCUCAGAAUGAAUAAAACAUUAUCCAGGUU